AUGGCUCUGAAUGUUGUAAAUCUAGGGUUUCACCCAUCCAUUCCUCGUUCUUGUUCAACCUUUGUUUCUCCCAAGCCAUUGAAACAUGGAUUCCUGCCUCGGUGUUCUCAGGUUGAGCAAAUUUCAUUUACUGAAUCUGAAAACUCACUCAUCGAAGCACUUCUUGGCAUCCAAGGACGCGGACGUUCUUCUUCUCCCCAGCAGCUCAAUGCUGUUGAGCGUGCUGUUCAAGUCCUCGAACGUUUGGGGGGUGUACCCGAUCCGACUAACUCCAAUUUGAUCGAGGGUCGCUGGCAGCUAAUAUUCACCACAAGACCUGGAACAGCAUCGCCAAUUCAGAGAACCUUUGUCGGGGUUGACUUUUUUAGUGUGUUUCAAGAGGUUUAUCUUCGAACAAACGAUCCACGAGUAUGCAAUAUUGUGUCAUUUUCUGAUGCUAUCGGUGAGCUAAAAGUGGAGGCGGCUGCAUCAAUUGAAGAUGGAAAAAGAAUCCUUUUUAGAUUUGACAGAGCUGCCUUUUCUUUUAAAUUUCUUCCAUUUAAAGUUCCAUAUCCAGUUCCAUUUAAGCUACUUGGAGAUGAAGCAAAAGGUUGGUUAGACACCACAUAUUUGUCGAAUUCAGGAAACCUUCGUAUCUCGAGAGGAAAUAAGGGAACAACGUUUGUGUUACAGAAGCAAACUGAACCAAGGCAAAAAUUAUUGACAGCAAUUUCCUCAGGGAAGGGUAUUGAAGAGGCAAUAAAUGAACUUACUUCCUUAAAGCAGAACACUGGUCAAGAAGAACCAGAAUUAGAAGAGGGUGAGUGGCAGAUGAUGUGGAAUUCACAGACUGUAACGGAUAGUUGGAUCGAGAAUGCAGUCAAUGGGCUGAUGGGAAAGCAGAUUAUCAGGAAGGAUGGAAGAAUAAAAAUCCUGGUUGAUAUCUUUCUUGGGCUUAAGUUCUCCAUGUCUGGAAAUUUUGUAAAAACUGGCUCCAGACUGUAUGACGUUACGAUGGAUGAUGCGGCCAUUACUGGUGGUCCAUUCGGAUAUCCCCUGGAAGUGAAAAACAAAUUCAAAUUGGAGCUUCUAUACAGCGACGACAAGCUCAGAGUUAGCCUGGGAUACAAUGAUAUUCUUUUCGUACACGUUCGUACGGAUGCGUUGAGGUGA